UCAUUUCACACGCAUUUCAUUAUUCAUUUCAUUUCCAAAAACCUUCCUUUUUUAAACCACAGGGCGGGUACCUCAACCACAGAGACAAUCCAGUUACACACAACACACCACCACAUCACUUUCUCACACACGACAUUCAUUCCUCAAUUUCUGAGUGAAAUUCAAUUCAAUAACCAGCAAUGGCAGAUGCUGAGGAUAUUCAACCUCUCGUUUGCGACAAUGGAACUGGAAUGGUCAAGGCUGGUUUUGCUGGAGAUGAUGCACCAAGGGCAGUGUUUCCUAGCAUUGUGGGUCGUCCACGACACACCGGUGUGAUGGUUGGGAUGGGACAGAAGGAUGCUUAUGUGGGUGAUGAGGCUCAAUCUAAGAGGGGUAUUUUGACCUUGAAGUAUCCGAUUGAGCAUGGGAUUGUUAGCAAUUGGGAUGAUAUGGAGAAAAUCUGGCAUCAUACUUUCUACAAUGAGCUCCGUGUGGCGCCGGAAGAGCAUCCUGUUCUUCUCACUGAAGCACCUCUUAAUCCAAAAGCCAAUCGUGAGAAAAUGACACAGAUCAUGUUUGAGACCUUCAAUACCCCUGCUAUGUAUGUUGCCAUCCAAGCAGUGCUUUCCCUCUAUGCCAGUGGUCGUACAACUGGUAUUGUUCUGGACUCUGGAGAUGGUGUUAGUCACACGGUUCCUAUUUACGAGGGGUAUGCCCUUCCACAUGCAAUCCUGCGUUUGGACCUUGCAGGGCGCGAUCUCACUGAUGCACUGAUGAAGAUUUUGACCGAGCGUGGGUACACUUUCACCACAUCCGCGGAGCGAGAAAUUGUGAGGGACAUGAAGGAAAAACUGGCCUACAUUGCUCUUGAUUAUGAGCAGGAGUUGGAAACUUCCAAGACCAGCUCAGCUGUUGAGAAGAGCUAUGAGCUGCCUGAUGGGCAGGUGAUCACGAUCGGUGCUGAAAGAUUCCGCUGCCCUGAAGUUCUGUUCCAGCCAUCCAUGAUAGGGAUGGAGUCUCCUGGCAUCCAUGAGACGACAUAUAACUCGAUCAUGAAGUGUGAUGUUGACAUUAGAAAGGAUCUCUAUGGUAACAUUGUCUUGAGUGGUGGUUCCACAAUGUUCCCAGGCAUUGCUGAUAGGAUGAGCAAGGAGAUCACAGCAUUGGCACCCAGUAGCAUGAAAAUUAAGGUUGUGGCACCACCAGAGAGGAAGUACAGUGUCUGGAUUGGAGGCUCCAUUUUGGCAUCCCUCAGUACCUUCCAACAGAUGUGGAUUGCAAAGGCAGAGUAUGAUGAAUCUGGGCCAUCAAUUGUACACAGGAAAUGCUUUUAAGUUCUAGUCAUGGAGAAUGAGAGCUGGACCAGGGAAAUUACAAUAUAUACUUGGUACUACAGAAAUACCAUCAAGUGGUUGAGGAGCUUCGAUUUCCUAUUCUUUACCAUUUUUUACUCAUGUUUCUUUGUGUUUUCCUUUAUUGAUUUUUGGAUAAGAGCAUGAAAGCUAGCAAGAUAUGUAAGAUUCAAUUUCCCCCCCUCUUUGUUGUAGGAGAGAUGUGUAUUGUUAACUGGUUUGGUUUGUUUGAAUCAACAAUUCUUUUCUAAGUA